AUGACAGGCAAGGCGAAGCCGAAGAAGCACACGGCGAAGGAGCUCCAGGCGAAGGCCGAUGCGGCGUUGACCAACAGAGGCGGAGGAAGGGCCGGGCUCGCCGACAGGACCGGCAAGGAGAAAGGUGGUCACGCCAAGUACGAGUGUCCUCACUGCAAGAUCACUGCGCCGGAUCUCAAGACGAUGCAGAUCCAUCACGAAUCCAAGCAUCCGAAGAUGCCUUACGAAGAGCCGAGGAAUCUCCACGAGGCUCUAGCUGCACCUGCUGAAUCGUCCAAACCAAAGCCUGGUAUCAGAGGAAGCCUCAAGAAGUGA